CCAUGCCUGAACACGCCGAAGAGCGGUCCUGGAGGUCUUUAGUCACUCCCAGGAAGUUGAGUUUCUACUUGCUCUUUCAUGGAGUUCACGUUGCAUUGUUCAUCGUAGGAUGGUGGAAACAACAGAGCAGCAAGGCACUGGCACCACUGAAUCUACUAACAUUUUCGGUAUGGAUCUCAAGAGGGGCAGGUCUAGUCCUCAGUGUCGACACCACCUUGAUUAUGCUGCCCAUGUGCAGAAACAUCCUACGUUAUUGUCGGCCAAAAAUCAAAUGGCUUCCAUUGGAUGAGUCGCGGUGGUUUCACAGACAAGUUGCUUACUCGUUACUUUUCUGGACGAUAGUCCAUACCACUGGCCAUUAUGUCAAUUUCUUUAACAUCGAGCGAAUGCAGCUUCGCAAACAAGCGGCUGCUCAGAUUCACUAUACCCAAGCUGGUGGCAUAACAGGUCAUAUCAUGCUUUUCUGUAUGCUUCUGAUCUAUACUACAGCGCAUCAAAAGAUUCGUCAGCAGUCUUAUGAGACGUUCUGGUACACGCAUCACCUGUUUGUGCCUUUUCUUCUGGCCAUGUAUAGCCAUGCGACUGGAUGCUUUGUUCGAGAUACUGUCGAGCCGGUGUCGCCUUUCGCUGGCAAAUACUUCUGGAACCAUUGCCUAGGAUACCAGGGCUGGCGGUGGGAGCUGAUUGGUGGUGGGCUGUAUCUGUUCGAAAGGAUAUAUCGAGAGAUACGUGCUCGCAGGCCGACAGAGAUCAUCAAAGUUGUCAAACAUCCAUACGUGGAAAUACAGUUUCGUAAACCCAGCAUGCAGUACAAAGCUGGACAGUGGCUCUUUCUGAACUGCCCAGAAGUGUCGAAGAAUCAAUGGCAUCCUUUCACCAUCACAUCUUGCCCUUUCGACUCCUAUAUCAGCGUCCACGUCCGCCAAGUUGGUGAUUUUACUAGAUCGCUCGCAAAUGCUCUGGGCGCUGGGCCGGAGCAGGCAGCCUUAUAUGGGGAACUGGAUCCUAUGGGAAUGUACGAAGUCGCUCUACAGCAAGGACAGGAGAUGCCAACACUCUGCAUCGACGGGCCUUACGGAGCGCCUGCCGAAGACGUUUUCGAUCAUGAAAUUGCUAUUCUUGUUGGCACUGGUAUCGGCGUCACGCCAUGGGCGUCAAUCUUGAAGAACAUCUGGCACAUGCGACUAUCACCCAACCCACCCAAGCGGCUGAAGAGAGUUGAGUUUAUCUGGGUGUGCAAAACAACGACGUCUUUCGAAUGGUUCCAAGCAUUGUUAUCAUCUCUAGAGAUGCAAUCACUGUCCAUGUCUUCACCAUUGGACGAGAACAAACCUACCGAGGAGAGAGACGAGUUUCUGAAGAUUCACACGUACCUGACGCAGAAGAUGGACGUAGAUCAAGCCAAUAACAUUGUGUUGAACAGUGUUGGCACCACCAAGGAUCCGUUGACAGAACUCAACUCUAGGACGAAUUUCGGGAGACCUGACUUUAGUAGGUUACUAGGUGCAAUGAGGGACUCGAUUGAAAGUGGGACGUAUAUCAGCGGACUAGAGUCUAGGAGAGCCGAGGUUGGAGUGUACUUCUGUGGACCAAACAUGGCGGCGAGAGGAAUCAGAAAGGCGUGCCAGGACGAGUCUAGUCACGAUGUCAAGUUCCGGUUUUGGAAAGAGUAUUUC